CUAGAAACGAAAUCCAAGAAUGACAAAGAAGUGUUUCCACGGCUCGACCUAUGACACCACAGACCAAUGGCGGGAAACAGAUGAUGAAUUGGACAAUCGAUAGUAGAUUGACAAACCUCCAAAAGAAUUUAGAGAAGAUUGCAGAUAAAAAGUAUAGUCGACGCAAUCAUCGAUCAGGAACAGAAAAAAAGUUGCGACAAUCUGCCAAGAUCCGUACCAUGCGAAAACUGCAAGCUGUGAAUACAGAUCAAGAGGAAACAAAAACACCCCGUGCAGAUGAUAAUAUUGACGUUGAGGCACCAUCUGCAAUGUAUAGUUAUUGUGAUUUCACCUGUCAUAUGAAGAAGCUCAAUGAAAAUAAAAUUAAGAGCUCUAGAGAAAUGACUGAAUUGAAGGAACUAAACCGAUAACUAUUGGCAAUCAGAAUA